AUGUCCGAAAGUGUAAUUAUCGAAAUAAAGGCCAAGGCUCUUCACGAGCACAUCUCCUCCAAGCCAACGGAUACCUUCGCCGGUAAGCCUAGGGGUCUAGUCAAGGACGCCAAGAUCGAGGUAUCUAAACAGUACUUGGAGAGAAUUGACCCACCCCCAAAGGCCCUUAUUGGGUUUGGUGGAUAUGUCGGUGCCUCGGCCAUCGCAUGGGGUGCAAUCCUUCGUGAACUUAACGGAGCAGGCAGCGCUGUUGGUAUUAAGGCCUACACGUUUGAGCUGAGCUCAGUCAAUGCUAGCAUUGCACGAGAUUUCAUUCGGCGGGCCGGCUUGGAGGAUAUCGUACAUGUUGAAGGAUCAGCUGCACACUCGCUGAGGAUACUAUUUGAAGAGGGGAGGCUGAGGAAAGGUGGCAUGGAUGUGGCCUUUUCUGAUUAUUGGGAGAAGUUUUAUCUCCCUGAUCUGCAACUUUGCGAGGACCUGAGCUUGUUCAGAAAAGGUUCCAAAGUCAUUGCCGAUAAUACAGACUUCCCCGGCGCCCCUGCCUAUCUUGAGUAUGUGAAAGCUGGCGGUAGACAACGCGGGCCUUAUCGGUAUGAGUCUGAGUCAGUCGAGUGA